UUUGCUCCCAUUUCUUAAAAUGUUUACUUUUUUCUUCCUCGUGAUCAUAAUUUGGGUGAUUGGUGUUUGCCUUUUCCCUUCGUUUUGAAGGCUUCGUCUACACUUGCUUCGAGAAAACAACCAAAAUCGUUCGCUAUCACAACCAAUUUCAAAUUCCCAAAUCAAAGUGCAACGCUUGAACCUUUUUCUCAAAUAAUUUGAACUUCGUUGUGGAAGGGGCUGUUUGUCUGCCGAGAAAACGAUGCAGAAAAUGGCGCAGGGUUGGUUCACGCAAGGAGGUAGUAGUGGCAGUGAUAAUCAACUCAAAACUUCCUCUUCGUUGCUCGCCGAUUGGAACUCUUACGCAGAAUCACAAGCUGCUGAUGAUAGCACCUUCAAUAUGGGAAUUGGAUUGGAUCUCGAAAGUGCUGUUAGGUCCGCCAAUGAAACUGUUUCGGGAACCUUCAACGUGGUUUCUAAAGGAGUGAGAGAACUUCCUGGAAACUUCCAAUCUGCCACUAGCAAUGUUCCCUCAGGAAAAGCCCUUAUGUAUUUUGGUUUGUUUCUAGCAACUGGGGUUUUCUUUAUUUUCAUUGCGUUUACAAUGUUCCUUCCUGUCAUGGUUCUGAUGCCUCAAAAGUUUGCCAUCUGCUUUACGCUUGGAUGUUGCUUCAUCAUUGGAUCCUUUUUUGCUCUCAAGGGUCCGAAGAAUCAGCUUGCACAUAUGUUCUCAAAAGAGAGACUUCCUUUUACAGUGAUCUUUAUUGGUAGUAUGUUGGGCACCUUAUAUGUUUCCAUGGGCCUCCACAGCUAUAUUCUGUCAGUUUUCUUCUCUGUAUUACAGGCUGUUAAGAAAGGAACCAAUUCUUGAGGGAAGCUUGCAGCUGCCUUUUUGCAAGAUUCUUUGGAUUAUGGAGAAAGAAAUGGCUUGGAAAAAUCUGGUUUUGAAAGGUGGAAUGUUGACGACCUUAACCGAUCAUAAUUGGAGUGUAGUGUGGAUUGCAAUAAUGUGUAGUCAUAAAUCUUCAAAAAAUUCUUUAUCAUAUUCAGUAAGCAAAACCAUCCUUGUUUUGAGACUCCUGAGAAUAUAUGAAUAAAUGAUUAGAUUUUCCAGAGGCACUUCGAGCAACAUACCUCAGAAACCAACCUGAUGGGGUUCAGAAUUUUGUCAGUCUCGUAGCUUCCUUCCCAUCAUAAUUGUUUUUUUUAAGAACUUCCAAUCAGGUUUUUGGACUAGACCUGAAAUUAAAUCAACAAACCAUUCUAGUUGGUGCCUGGAUAAACUGAGAAUUUUUCGGAAAUCUACAUCUUCGAUGUGAAACAGCCCCUUUUCAAACCAAAUGCAGUAGUAGGAAUCUAUGAUUUUGCAACUCUUCACUUACAUUUCUAAGUUUGUUGAAUACGCCUGAAGUUCGCCAAGGAAAACCGUGACCAGAAGAGAGGGGGGCGGAGAUGAGAGAGAGGAGAGGAAGAAGAGAGGGGAGAGAACUUACUUCAUCAGGCUGACAUGUGUUGUACUCUAAUACAAAACGAACUCAACAAAACCAUUCUAUGCUUAAAACCCUGUGGCUUCAUUCCUUCCAUUUGAGCCACAAAGUUAUCCUCAUUGGACAAUCCCACAAAAAGUUAGAUUUAUCUUCAAACCAUCCACCUUUUGAGGAAAGCAAAUGGACAAACCUGGCUCCUUUUAUAUGGAAAAGCCAAGCCUUUCGAGCAAACUUACAGUGAUGAAAAUAUGAUCCUAAGAAGCAUAGAUAUAUAUGGAUAGGAUGGGAUAUGGUGAUUAGUCCAUUUCUCUAGUAGGGAGCUUUUCUUUGCAUCUUAUCAACAGUGUUCAAGCUUUUAUAGAUCACGGACUAAAAGAAUUUCAGCUUUUCUUGGACUUAAAACCGCCAGAAGUAGUCCAGGAGAGGAAACUUUGCCUCGGGUGUUUUAGUAUGGUGAACGAAGGCUGAUUUUGCUGGGACCACCCGAAGCCUCUAGCUUUCAACAAAUUCUGUCGUGGACAUCAGGACUACAUUGCCUCGGGUGUUUUGGUGUUCAAGCUUCCUAAUUUGAACAGCAUCCACCUUCGCUGUUUAAUUUCAUGACCUCUUUCGAAUAAUUCUCUUCCUAGUGGACAUCAUCCCAACAAUCAAUCAGCUAUCUUUUCUUUUUUAAUAUUUUUUUGAAGUUGGUGCAUAGAACUUCAGGAAGAGAAUACUCACCCGACUGUUUUGUUUGGUCACAUAAUUCUACAUGUGAUAUGCAUGCCAAUCUCAACCUAUAGUAUAUUGAUAGGAAUGCUAUAAGGGUAUUAAGAGUAUAUUAGUAAUCAGCUAGGAGUUGUUAUGUUUGUUGGUUAUAAAUGGAGUAAGUGGAUUAGGACUUGAGAGUCCUCUCAAGAAAGGAGAGUUUAAGAGUGUCUUGUAGUUCUAAUAUUUAUAUAUUUCAUCCAUUUUCGAUUUCCCGUUUCUUUAUCAUACAUGACACAAUUUUCAAAUUGA